GCGGAUCAGACUCGGUCUGCCCCCAUUGCCAGCAGAACCGGCUUCGGACUCUCCGACCCAUUUCCUGCUUCUCACUCGGACCUCUGUGCCCGUUGAGCCAAGAUGGCACAGAAAAGCCAGCUCAGUGAAGACGAGAAGUUCCUUUUCGUGGACAAGAACCUCAUCAACCUCACCGUGGCCCAGGCCGACUGGUCGGCCAAGAAGCUGGUCUGGGUCCCGUCGGAGAAGCAUGGCUUCGAGGCAGCGAGCGUCAAGGAGGAGAAGGGGGAGGAGGUGCUGGUGGAGCUGGCCGAGAACGGGAAGAAGGCGACCUUCAGCAAGGACGACAUCCAGAAGAUGAACCCCCCCAAGUUCUCCAAGGUGGAGGACAUGGCUGAGCUGACCUGCCUCAACGAAGCGUCUGUCCUGCACAACCUGAGGGAGCGGUACUACUCAGGCCUCAUCUACACCUACUCAGGUCUCUUUUGCGUGGUUGUCAACCCUUACAAGCAACUGCCCAUCUACUCGGAGAAAAUCAUCGACAUGUACAAAGGCAAGAAACGCCACGAGAUGCCGCCGCACAUCUACGCCAUCGCGGACACGGCGUACAGGAGCAUGCUGCAAGAUCGAGAGGACCAGUCCAUUCUCUGCACCGGGGAGUCGGGUGCUGGCAAGACGGAGAACACCAAGAAAGUCAUUCAGUACCUGGCGGUCGUGGCCUCGUCCCACAAGGGCAAGAAAGACGUCAGCAUCACGCAAGGUCCAUCUUUUGCUUACGGGGAGCUGGAAAAGCAGCUUCUGCAGGCCAAUCCCAUCCUCGAAGCUUUCGGGAAUGCCAAAACCGUCAAGAACGAUAAUUCCUCGCGAUUUGGUAAAUUUAUCCGCAUCAACUUUGACGUGACGGGCUACAUUGUCGGAGCGAACAUAGAAACCUACUUGCUGGAAAAGUCCCGUGCCAUUCGGCAAGCCCGAGAAGAGAGGACCUUCCACAUAUUUUACUACCUGCUUGCCGGAGCCAAUGAGCAAAUGAAGAGUGACCUGCUGCUCGAAGGCUUCAGCAACUACACCUUCCUGUCCAACGGCUACGUGCCCAUCCCCUCGCAGCAGGACGACGAAAUGUUCCAGGAGACCCUGGAAGCGAUGAGCAUCAUGGGCUUCACUGAGGAAGAGCAAACCGCCAUGCUGAAAGUCGUCUCGUCGGUUCUCCAGCUCGGCAACAUCGUCUUCAAGAAAGAGCGAAACACCGACCAGGCGUCGAUGCCGGACAACACAGCUGCACAGAAGGUGUGUCACCUUAUGGGUAUCAACGUGACCGAUUUCACACGGUCCAUCCUGACCCCGAGGAUCAAGGUUGGGCGGGACGUAGUCCAGAAAGCCCAGACCAAAGAGCAGGCUGAUUUUGCCGUCGAAGCCUUGGCCAAAGCGACGUACGAGCGCCUCUUCCGCUGGAUCCUGAGCCGCGUGAACAAAGCCCUGGACAAGACCAAGCGGCAGGGCGCCUCGUUCCUGGGGAUCCUGGACAUCGCUGGGUUCGAGAUUUUCGAGGUGAACUCGUUCGAGCAGCUCUGCAUCAACUACACCAACGAGAAGCUGCAGCAGCUCUUCAACCACACCAUGUUCAUCCUGGAGCAGGAGGAGUACCAGAGGGAGGGCAUCGAGUGGAACUUCAUCGACUUCGGGCUGGACCUGCAGCCCUGCAUCGAGCUCAUCGAGAGACCGACCAACCCUCCUGGCGUCUUGGCCCUGCUGGACGAGGAGUGCUGGUUCCCCAAAGCCACCGACACCUCGUUUGUGGAGAAGCUCGGCACGGAGCAGGGCAACCACCCCAAGUUCCAGAAGCAGAAGCAGCUCAAGGACAAAACCGAGUUCUCCAUCAUCCACUACGCCGGAAAGGUGAACUACAACGCAACCGCCUGGCUGACCAAGAACAUGGACCCCCUCAACGAUAACGUGACCGCCUUGCUGAAUCAGUCCUCCGAGAAGUUCGUGGCGGAUCUCUGGAAAGACGUCGACCGCAUCGUGGGGCUGGACCAGAUGGCCAAGAUGACCGAGAGCUCACUGCCCAGUGCCUCCAAGACCAAGAAGGGCAUGUUCCGGACGGUGGGGCAGCUGUACAAGGAGCAGCUGACCAAGCUCAUGACCACCCUGAGGAACACGAACCCCAACUUCGUCCGCUGCAUCAUCCCGAACCACGAGAAGCGGGCCGGGAAGCUGGACGCCCACUUGGUGCUGGAGCAGCUGCGGUGCAACGGCGUGCUGGAGGGGAUCCGCAUCUGCCGCCAGGGCUUCCCCAACAGGAUCGUCUUCCAGGAAUUCCGGCAGCGCUAUGAAAUUCUUGCCGCAAACGCCAUUCCGAAAGGAUUUAUGGAUGGGAAGCAAGCAUGCAUCCUCAUGAUCAAAGCCCUGGAGCUUGAUCCCAACCUGUAUAGGAUUGGCCAGAGCAAGAUCUUCUUCCGAACGGGUGUCUUGGCUCACCUGGAGGAGGAGAGAGACCUGAAGAUCACCGACAUCAUCAUUGCCUUCCAGGCGCAGAGCCGAGGCUACCUGGCAAGGAAGGCCUUUGCCAAGCGGCAGCAGCAAUUAACCGCCAUGAAGGUCAUCCAGAGGAACUGUGCCGCCUACCUGAAGCUGAGGAACUGGCAGUGGUGGAGGCUUUUCACCAAAGUCAAGCCGCUGCUGCAGGUCACCCGGCAAGAGGAGGAGAUGCAGGCGAAGGAGGAGGAGCUGAAGCUGAUCAAGGAGCGGCAGGUCAAGGCCGAGAGCGAGGUCAAGGAGCUGGAGCAGAAGCACCAGCAGCUGUUGGAGGAGAAGAACCUGCUGCAGGAGCAGCUUCAGGCUGAGACGGAGCUGUACGCGGAGGCAGAGGAGAUGCGGAUCCGCCUGACCGCCAAGAAGCAGGAGCUGGAGGAGAUUCUGCACGAGAUGGAGGCCCGGGUCGAGGAGGAGGAGGAGCGCAGCGUGCAGCUGCAGGCUGAGAAGAAGAAGCUGCAGCAGCAGAUGCUGGAUCUUGAGGAUCAGCUGGAAGAAGAAGAAGCGGCGAGGCAAAAGCUGCAGCUGGAGAAAGUCACCGCAGAGGCCAAGAUCAAGAAGAUGGAGGACGACAUUCUAAUGAUGGACGACCAGAACAACAAGCUCACCAAGGAAAGGAAGCUGCUCGAAGAGCGGAUCAGCGACCUGACGACCAACCUGGCGGAGGAGGAGGAGAAGGCCAAGAACCUGACCAAGCUGAAGAACAAGCACGAGUCGAUGAUCUCGGAGCUGGAGGUGCGCCUGAAGAAGGAGGAGAAGUGCCGGCAGGAGCUGGAGAAGAUGAAGCGGAAGCUGGAGGGCGACUCGAGCGACCUGCUCGAGCAGAUCGCCGACCUCCAGGCCCAGAUCGCAGAACUGAAGAUGCAGCUGGCCAAGAAGGAGGAGGAGCUGCAGGCUGCCCUGGCCAGGCUGGAGGACGAGAUGGGCCAGAAGAACAAUGCCCUGAAGAAGAUCCGCGAGCUGGAGGCCCACAUCUCGGACCUGCAGGAGGACCUGGACUCGGAGCGGGCCGCGCGCAACAAGGCCGAGAAGCAGAAGCGGGACCUGGGCGAGGAGCUGGAGGCGCUCAAGACGGAGCUGGAGGACACGCUGGACAGCACCGCCACCCAGCAGGAGCUCAGGGCCAAGAGGGAGCAGGAGGUGACCAUCCUGAAGAGGGCUCUGGAGGAGGAGACGCGGACGCACGAAGCCCAGCUGCAGGAGGUGCGGCAGAGGCACACGCAGGCCGUGGAGGAGCUGACCGAGCAGCUGGAGCAGUGCAAGCGGGCCAAAGGCAACCUGGACAAGGCCAAGCAGACCCUGGAGAAGGACAACGCGGACCUGAGCAGUGAGGUCCGGGCGCUCGGCCAGGCCAAGCAGGAGGUGGAGUACAAGAAGAAGAAGCUGGAGGCGCAGCUGCAGGAGCUGCAGUCGCGCUUUGCCGACGGGGAGCGCGUCCGGACGGAGCUCGGCGAGAAAGUCCACAAGCUGCAGGCCGAGGCGGAGAACAUGGCGGGGCUGCUGAGCGAGGCGGAGACCAAGGGCAUCAAGCUCACGAAGGACGUGGCCACGCUGGGCUCGCAGCUGCAGGACACGCAGGAGCUGCUGCAGGAGGAAACGCGGCAGAAGCUCAACCUAUCCACGAAGCUGCGCCAGAUGGAGGACGAGCGGAACAGCCUGCAGGACCAGCUGGAGGAGGAGGCCGAGGCCAAGCAGAACCUGGAGCGGCACAUCUCGACGCUGAACGUGCAGCUCUCCGACUCCAAGCGGAAGCUCCAGGAGUACGUCGGCACCAUCGAAAACAUGGAGGAAGGCAAGAAGAGGCUCCAGAAGGAAAUCGAGGGCCUCACGCAGCAGUUCGAGGAGAAGGCCGCUUCGUACGACAAGCUGGAGAAAACCAAGAACCGGCUGCAGCAGGAGCUGGACGACCUGGUGGUGGACCUGGACAACCAGCGCCAGCUGGUUUCCAACCUGGAGAAGAAGCAGAAGAAGUUCGACCAGAUGCUAGCGGAGGAGAAGAACAUCUCCUCCAAAUACGCCGACGAAAGGGACCGCGCAGAGGCGGAGGCCCGCGAGAAGGAGACGAAGGCGCUUUCGCUGGCCCGUGCCUUGGAAGAAGCGCUGGAAGCCAAGGAGGAGCUCGAGCGGGCCAACAAGCUGCUGAAGGCGGAGAUGGAAGACCUCGUGAGCUCCAAGGACGACGUCGGCAAGAACGUCCACGACCUGGAGAAGUCCAAGCGGGCAUUGGAGCAGCAGGUGGAGGAGAUGAAGACGCAGCUGGAGGAGCUGGAGGACGAGCUGCAGGCAGCCGAGGACGCCAAGCUGCGGCUGGAGGUGAACACGCAGGCCCUGAAGGGCCAGUUCGAGAGGGACCUGCAAGCCAGAGACGAGCAGAACGAGGAGAAGAGGCGCCAGCUGCAGAAGCAGCUGCACGAGCUGGAAGUGGAGCUGGAGGACGAGCGCAAGCAGCGGGGCCUCGCAUCCGCCGCCAAGAAGAAGCUGGAGGUGGACCUCAAGGACCUGGAGGGGCAGGUGGACUCCUCCAACAAAGGCCGGGAGGAGGCCGUCAAGCAGCUGCGGAAGCUACAGGCCCAGAUGAAGGACUUCCAGCGCGAACUGGACGAUGCUCGGGCAGCGCGGGAAGAGGUCUUUGCCACGGCUCGAGAAAACGAGAAGAAGGCCAAGAACCUGGAGGCAGAGCUGAUGCAGCUGCAGGAGGACCUGGCGGCAGCCGAACGGGCUCGAAAGCAGGCGGAGCAGGAGAAGGAGGACCUGGCGGAGGAGCUGGCGAGCUCUGCUGCCGGCAGGACGAGCCUUCAGGACGAGAAGCGGCGCUUGGAGGCGCGGAUCUCCCAGAUGGAGGAGGAGCUAGAGGAGGAGCAGAGCAACCUGGAGGCCAUGAGCGACCGCUUCCGGAAGGCCGUGCAGCAGUCGGAGCAGCUGAACAACGAGCUGGCCUCGGAGCGGGCGGCCGCCCAGAAGAACGAGAGCGCCCGCCAGCAGCUGGAGAGGCAGAACAAGGAGCUGCGGGCGAAGCUGCAGGAGAUGGAGAGCGCCAUCAAGUCCAAGCUGAAGGCCACCGUGGCCUCGCUGGAGGCCAAGGUCGCGCAGCUGGAGGAGCAGCUGGAGCAGGAAGCCAGAGAAAAGCAAACGGCGGCAAAAGCUUUGCGCCAGAAGGACAAGAAGCUCAAAGAGGUCCUGCUGCAGGUCGAGGACGAGCGGAAGCAGGCGGAGCAGUACAAGGACCAGGCGGACAAGGCCAGCAGCCGCGUCAAGCAGCUGAAGAGGCAGCUGGAGGAGGCCGAGGAGGAGUCGCAGCGCAUGAACGCCAGCCGCAGGAAGCUGCAGCGGGAGCUGGAUGAGGCCACGGAGAGCAGCGAGGCCAUGGGCCGCGAGGUGGCUGCCCUGAAGAGCAAGCUCAGAGGGAACCCAGAGCCUUCGCAGUGACUGAGCAGGUACCACGCCUCCCCCGUAGCGGCCUGCCUGUUUGCCAAGACGCCCCCGGCUCCCU